AAUACGACACGGCAUAGAGUUGGGAAGCUUGGGGUUUUAGCACCCAAACACCGAUUUUGGGGAUUUAAGCACUGAAAAUGGGAGCUAGUCCAACCAGUAGCGGGAGCAGCAGUGAAGAGGCGGAUGCAAAUUGGAGAGCGGCUAUUGAGUCAAUAGCUGCAACUACCACUUUUGGUUCCAAAAAUUUUGGCACAACGUCCAAUGGCUCAACAUCUCAUUCCACUUCAAAUAGAGAUAAUGAAGAGCAAACCCAGAAUUCCCAAAAGCUCAAACACUACCAACUCAAGGCACAAAAACUUUUGGAUGAUAUCUUAGGAAAAACAUUAGAGAUGGUGAGUGAGCCUGCUGAUGUCCCCGGUAAUCCUAUCGUGGAAGAUGGUGGUGUUCGGCUAUUUAAACAUUCUCCUGCCGGGAUAGUAUUUGAUCACAUUGAUGAGAUUCAACGGCCCACAAAGCGACCACGACUCCUUCCUGGAUAUGACAUUGAUGAGAAAUUAAAAGAGUUUAGACUGCGGACCAGAUUUGUGGCUGUAGAUGGUCUAGACAUAAUUGCAUCAGCAAGAGAGGCAAGCCAAAAGGCAUUAGCUAGGAUGGAAGCCAAAGAAGCAGCAGUAAAAGCCAAGGCCAAAGAGGAGGAGGAAAGGGUUGCAGAAUUGAAAAGAAUCAGGGGGGAGAGAUGGCUACCUUCUAUUGCCAAGGAAAUGCAGUUCAAUAGAAAUACUAGGCAACAAGUCUAGGCAGAUGUUCAAAUGCCAUGGGGCUUCCGAUUUUCUGCUUUACAGCAUGGACUGAGGGCAGUUGCUUCCUGAAAUACACCUCCAAUGGUCUUAAUUCUUCCAUCAAAAUGAGCAAUCACGAGAUACAGAAAUUUAGUCUGGAUAUCUGCGUAUGGAUUACAUUAUAAAAAAAUAUUUGAUGCUGAAUACUUGUAUUAGGCCUGUUGGCAGACACAAUUUUUUAGUUAUGGAUUUUAGAAAUGUCACAGAUAUGUUGAUUGCUUUAGAUGAUUAGCAAUCUGGAUUCUGGACUCAUUAAAAGUCUAAAUUUCUGAAGGAAUGAAUGAAUUUCAAAAAGGUAAUUUUCUGAAGAA